CCCUUGGAAAGAGGGGUCAUUUUCUUCUUAGUCACUGUCCACUUACUCUCUCACAGCUUCCUGUCUGACUGGCUAGAGUUGAUUUGGGGUGACUCAGGGGCACCCUACACCACAUUCCGUAGAAAUAACAAGGGGUGGUAUAUUGCCGACCCUGGCCAUAGCACCCACAGUAGGCAGAGAAAUCUUAACAGACACAGUGAGGGAGGAACUUAAUACCACCCCCCGCCCCGUGUGGUCAAGGAGUGGGGUGCUGGGGUCUGUGAAGGGUUUGGGGACAUGAGAGCCAAGCUGCCUGCCUCCACUCCUGCGUCUGUUCAGCCCUGGAGAGCACUGUAGCCUGGCCACGCGCCAGCAGCUCAGCAGCAGGCUCAGCAGGUCCAAGGGGCGUGGUGCUGCCGGUGGAGCCAGCCUACACUGGCUCGGCAGGCGGGCAGGCGGCACUGAGGCUGCACAGUCUCCCGGGACCGGCGGCUGCUGCGGCUGUACUUGCAGCAGCAGAGCCCAUCUUAGGAGGGAGGCCAUGAGCCUCCUCCUAUACUGUGCCCUGUCCACCCUGGGCAGCUAUGUCAUGCUGUCCAUCUUCUUCCUGCGCCGGCCUCGUCUACUGCACACAGCCUGGGCUCCGGCUUUCUGCCCCCGCCUGGCCGCCCACCGUGGAGGAUCUGGGGAGCGGCUGGAGAACACCAUGGAGGCCAUGGAGAAGUGGGAUCACACAUCCGACUGUGAACUCUGCCUCUGUACCUCCCCUGGACCCUUCUCUGUCCCCUGCCGGCACUGACCUUCGCUCUCAUAGUUCCAUGGCCCAGCGAGCAGAUCUCCUGGAACUUGAUUGCCAGCUGACUCGGGAUGGUGUGGUGGUGGUGUCACACGAUGAGAACCUGUCCCGCCAGUCAGGCCUGAAUAGGGAUGUGAGUGACUUGGACUUUGAGGAGCUGCCCCUCUACAAGGAAGAGCUGGAGGUUUACUUCUCACCAGGCCACUUUGCUCAUGGGUCAGACCGUCACAUAGUCCGCCUGGAAGAUGUGUUCCAGAGGUUCCCACAGACACCCAUGAGUGUGGAGAUCAAAGGCGAGAACGAUGAACUCAUUCACAAGGUAGCCAACCUGGUGAGGCGCUUUGGCCGCAGCAAGAUCACUAUCUGGGCCUCAGAGAAGAACUCAGUCAUGAAGAAGUGCAAGGCUGCCAACCCGGACAUGCCCGUGUCCUUCACCAUAAGCAGAACAUUCUGGAUGCUCCUACUCUACUAUCUGGGGCUGCUGCCCUUUGUCUCUAUCCCUGAGCGAUUCUUCCUGUGCUUCCUGCCCACCAUCAUCAACAGGACCUACUUCCCAUUUUCCUGUGCGUGGCUGAACCGGCUGUCAGCUGUGGUUUCAAAAUGGGCCAUCAUGAGGAAAAGUCUGAUCCAACACUUGGAAGAGCGAGGGGUGCAGGUGGUAUUUUGGUCUCUCAAUGAAGAGUCAGAUUUUGACGUGGCUUUCAACCUGGGAGCCACUGGUGUCAUGACUGAUUAUCCCACAGCUCUGAGGCGCUACCUGGACAACCACCAACCAACAGCCUUCACCUCUUAAGUCUGAGGCCCUCUCUUUCUCUUCCUGAAAAAAAAUAAAUAUUAUCUUCUCAGUAACAUA